GAUUCUUUCCAGAGAAGAAUGGCCACAGGAAAUGACUCCUCAGUGACAGAAUUUUUUCUCGCUGGUUUAACGAACCAACCAGAGCUCCAGCUUCUUCUCUUUUUCCUGUUUUUAGGGAUCUACAUUGUUACUGUGGUGGGGAACCUUGGUCUCAUCACUUUGAUUAGGUUGAAUUCCCAUCUUCACACUCCCAUGUACUACUUCCUCUUCAACUUAUCCUUCAUAGAUCUCUGCUACUCCUCUGUCAUCACUCCCAAAAUGCUAAUGAAUUUUGUGUCAGAGAAAAAUGUCAUCUCCUAUUCAGGAUGCAUGGCUCAGCUGUACUUCUUUUGUUUCUUUGGACUUUCUGAAUCCUUACUUUUGUCAGCCAUGGUGUAUGAUUGUUACAUUGCUAUCUGCAACCCUUUACUUUAUACCAUCACCAUGUCCUCUCAGGUCUGCUCCCUACUAAUGUCUGGCGUAUAUGUGUUGGGGUUUGCUGGUGCCAUGGCCCACACAGGAUGCAUGCUGAGACUGGAUUUCUGUGAUGGCAAUGUCAUCAACCACUACAUGUGUGACAUACUUCCCAUGCUGGAGCUGUCCUGCACUAGCACCUAUGUCAAUGAGUUAGUGGCUUUCAUUGUUGCCAGCAUUGACAUUGGAAUGAUCAGUACCACUAUUUUCACAUCUUACGCUUUCAUCUUCUCCACUAUCCUCCGCAUUAACUCCUCUGGUGGCAGGUCCAAAGCUUUCAGCACUUGCAGCUCCCAUAUAAUCACUGUUUCUCUUUUCUUUGGUUCAGGAGCAUUCAUGUACCUCAAACCUUCCUGUGUUGUGUCGAUGGACCAGGGAAAAGUGUCCUCUGUGUUCUAUACCAUUGUAGUGCCUAUGCUAAACCCCCUGAUCUAUAGUUUGAGAAAUAAGGAUGUCAAAUUGGCCAUGAGGAAAAUGAUGAGACAAAGAAUGAUCUCCUGGUGA